CCAGGCCGAAGCCGCGUGGGUCUCGUUCUGGAGGAACUCGGCCGUCGUGGGGCUGGCUGCGCCCCUUCCGCUCCAGCGAGGACGGGCGCAUUAACGCCGGGGUGGGGAGAAAAAUUGGCCGCCGGCCGCCGGGCGAGCUGUGUCUGGGAACUCAGCAAGGGGCGCCUGUGUGUUCUCUGGAGGACCGCAUCGUUGUAGCCCACAGUGGCCUCAGGGCCACCGAAUCCAGGGCUGACUGCUCUCUUCUAGCGGCUGCGUCUCAGGUCGUUCAGGAUCCUUUUGCUGGAGACGGUUACCAUGUCUUUGUAUGAAGACAUGCUGCUCUGCAACUACCGGAAAUGUCGCCUCAAGCUCUCCGGCUACGCUUGGGUUACUGCCUGCUCUCACAUUUUCUGUGAUCAGCACGGCAGUGGUGAGUUCAGUCGCUCACCAGCUAUCUGCCCUGCCUGCAACAGCACCCUUUCUGGAAAGCUAGAUAUUGUCCGUACAGAGCUCAGCCCGUCAGAGGAGUACAAAGCUAUGGUACUGGCGGGGCUCCGGCCAGAGGUCGUACUGGACAUCAGCUCCCGGGCGCUGGCCUUCUGGACGUACCAGGUACACCAGGAACGUCUCUACCAAGAAUAUAACUUUAGCAAAGCGGAGAGCCAUCUGAAACAGAUGGAAAAGAUAUAUACACAGCAAAUACAGAGCAAGGAUGUGGAAUUGACCUCUAUGAAAGGAGAGGUCACUUCUAUGAAGAAAGUUCUAGAAGAAUACAAGAAAAAGUUUAGUGAUAUUUCUGAAAAACUUAUGGAGCGUAAUCGCCAGUAUCAAAAGCUUCAAGGCCUUUAUGAUAGCCUUAGGCUACGGAAUAUCAGUAUUGCUAGCCAAGAAGGUUCCCUGGAGCAAGCUACCAUCACACAGUCUGGUGUCUUUGGCUUUCCGUUAGGGAACAGCUCAAAGUUUCCUUUGGAUCACACGCCAAUGGGAAGCCGAGGAGGUGGAGAGGAAGAUGUUCAGUUCAGACCGUUUUUUGUGGAUUCCCCCACAGCGCCUGAACCCAUUAACAACUUCUUUAGUUUUGCUUCUCAAAGCCAUGAAGCAGAGCAGCAAGUCUGCAGCAGGGCCUUUAAAGCAAAAAGAAUUUAGCUGGUUUCACAUUUCUAGCCUGUCUCUGUUUUCGUAGUUUUACUCUAGAUGAAAUAAUUGGCAUUCCUGAGUUCUCUUCACUUUGUCACCUUAGAAGAAGCUGGCUUGCAGUACGUACGGUGUGUGGAUUCCUGUUCGGUGUCUUCCUUCAUUUUUUGCUUAGAGCAUUUGGUGACUCUGUCUCUACAUUCAUCACUGCUCAGACAGUCACAACAAUGUUGCAUUGUCCCUGUUUCGGGCCAAGCUGCAUUUAUGCUUCUGUAAGCACCAGUGUUUUAUUUACAUGGAGCUUUUGAUUCUAGUAUGUGUAUGCUAAGUGUGUGCAUUGAUUUUCUCUACUUGCCAGUAUAUUUAUGUAAAAAUUAUGAUCUUGGAAAGUGGUGGCCAAAAAGGGAUAGUCUUGAAAAAUGGUGGCUUGCUGUUUGCAUGUAUUGUACACAGUCGUGUGUUUUACUUGUAUUAGCUUGUUUUGGAGGAGUGCUUGUGCUAGUGAAUGGAAGUGUAAUCUGAUACAUGUGUUCAGUUUCUAUUUACAAGGAAUUGGCACUGAUGAAGUUAUUUGCUGACUUAAUUGGUAUUUGUUUUAAAAUAAAACUGCUUCUUUACCUUUCUAACAA